AUGGGUAAUUCCAAGUCUACCAAAGUCGAGAAUGUCCCAACCUUUCAACAUGGCGAUCUUGCUUCGCCUCCCACUGAAUCCCCCGUUCGCAUCCGGACAAUAAUUGCUAUUGUUGCCAUCAACUUCGCUGUAUUUGGUCAAGUAGUAUCCUUGGUCGGCUCCGGAUUCCUCGCCCAGACCAUGGCUGGUUUUCUGGGUGACACCUCCAAAGCUGUAUGGUUUAGUACAUCGAUCACUAUCGCUAAUAUUACAUUAAAUCCACCCAUCAGUCAAGCGGCAGACUUUUGGGGAAGGAAAUGGUUCGUGGUUAUACCAAACGCGAUUGCAAUUCCAGGCUGCAUCAUCAUCUCAAGAGCAAACAACAUAGGGACCGCCAUUGCAGGUUUCUGCAUCAUGGGACUUGCUUGGGGGUCUCAAUCUUUGCUAUUCUCUGUGGCUUCAGAGAUUCUACCACGGAAGUACAGAGGGAUUGGCCAAGCAUCAGUCAAUAUUUCGUCCGGCUUAGGCGGCAUCUUUGGCCUGCUGGUUGGAGGCGCUCUCAUCCGCCAGAUCCCUGGACACUUUCGCAUCUUUUGGUAUAUCACUUGUGGUAUCUACGCUGUGGCUACUGUUGGAGUGCUUGUCGGCUAUAAUCCACCUCCUCGGGCUUUACAGAAGACCAUGACCUCUGUCCAAAAGCUCCGAGCGCUAGACUGGGUGGGAAUAUUGCUAAUCACUGCCGGGCUUACGCUCUUCGCUGUUGGUCUCCAAUUCUACGGCAAUCCAUACUCCUUCUCAGAUGCUCCAGUUCUGGCUCCCUUCAUUAGCGGUCUAUGCUUACUUAUUGCCUUCUUCCUUUACGAGUGGCUCGGACGGGCUGAUGGAUUGGUCCACCAUGGCCUCUUCGGCGACAGAAACUUCGCUAUUGCUUUAUUUUCCGUUUUUACUGAAGGCUUAUCCUUCCUGACUAGCAAUAGCUAUUUCGCAUUUGAGGUAUCAGUCUUGGCUCGUGUCAGUCUCUUCGACGCAGCUCUGCACUUUUCCAUCCUCUUUUUUGGAGCUGUGAUAUUCGCAGCUUUGGCGGGAGUGCUAAUCACUUAUACAAAAUUGGUGAGAGAGCCAUUGGUAUUCGGCUUCGUCGCGCUCCUGGCAUACAAUGCUUGCAUGAAUAGCAUUACGCCUAGCUCAGGCACAGGUCCAUUUUGGGGCUUUGCUGUGCUCGGAAGCAUCGGCCAGGGGUUUGCUUUAACAACCGUAACCAUUGUCGCUCAAAUGAGCGCUCCUCCAGAACUGAUUUCAGUGGCCACGGGCCUGAUAAUUGCCACUCGCAGUGUUGGUGCCACCGUUGCUCUGGCAGUCAACAACGUUAUCUACAAUAACAGCAUGGACAAAGAGGUACCCUCAAAGGUCGCUGGCGCGGUUCUACCCCUAGGCUUCCCUCCGAAAAACCUGAAGGAUCUUAUCCAAGCACUGCUCAGCAAUAAUGCGGACUUGGUAGCGAAAGUGCCUGGGAUUACUUCUGAAAUUAGCCUUGCCGCGCAAGGGGGCUUGUAUGAAGCAUACUCGAUCUCAUUUCGCCAUGUUUGGAUUGCUGCCACCUGCUUCUGUGCUGCAGGUCUACUCUCUUCACUCUUCUUGCGCAACUCAAAGUCCGAUUUCAAUGCCCAUAUCGACGCGCCAGUAGACGUGGAUCGCAAAUUUGGGGAUGCUACUUCGUCCAAAUCGAUUGAACACGCCGAGCAUGCGGAGAUCGCGCCAGUUGAGAGAGCAGCUUGA